GGGAGAGCGAGAGGAUAUGGCAGAGAAAACGCUGAAAUCGCGAAUCCAACAGCUGGAGAAGCUUCCCCUACGCCAGAAUCCGCUGAUUAUGCGUGGUGUAUCAGCCAUCAGUAUUCAGAAUCCACGACCCUUGGAGGCGGCGUUCGAGGAGACUGAGGUGAGGCCAUUCAGUGCACCACGCCUUGCUCUCCCAGGCCUGACACACCCAAGAACGCGUCCUGAAAGUGCUCCUCCUGUUAUGAACAACAGCGAAAACGACAACACCAUGAGCCAAGCAACACGACCACUGACGCAUGUGACCAAGGGACGCGCUCAUCCUCGGAAAAAACGUCCACUCAAGCGAACGGAGACUACGUCAUCAGCCAGCGACUCGGCGAAACCGACCACUACCGAGAAGGCGGCAGAUGCGAACGACAGUCGCAACAACGAUGACGUGGCAGCAGAGUCCGGGGCGAUUGGGUCUGAGAAACUCGAACAGACUGAGACUGCCAAGAGUGAGGCCGAGGCCGAAACUGAGCGACCAGUUCAGUAUUCCGCGCCUUCGCCGAGGCUGCCAGUAUCGGGGCUCGACGACGACAGCACACUGCCACAAAAGGGCCGCGUUGCAUCUUCUCCAUUUUUGGCUCUGGAGCAUGCUGCUGCUGUUGUCGCCGCAACCAUCGCCGCCCCCACAAAUCCCACCUCGGUAACCAGCGCAUCCCACGGGUUUAUCUCAUCUGCCGAUAGAGACGAUGCGGACAAAACAAGCAGCAACGACCGUCCGGAUACGGAUGCGCAGCAGCGAAGAGGCCGAGUCUCGACGCGUCCUUUUUCGGCAAUUCAAUUGCCUGAAUUACAACGCUUCUCGGGACCAAGUCUUGCAUGCAGUCAGGCGCUUCUUCAGCGGUGGACGAAAGAACGCGACGCAGAAGCAAAGCGCCUCGCUUCUGGCAGCGCUCGGACUUGAGUGCGACCUACUGUACGCUAUAACUGUGCACGUGUACCGAGGCGUUUCUUCCACGUGUACAUGUGUCAUACACGCACACACACUCCUGUGUUCCCCCUUGCAUCUGAUGUCAUGACCUCAUCUCAGUAGUGUCAAACUCCGUGUCUGGCCCCCCAUUCGGCAAAUGCAGCCUCAACAUUCCACGUUUGACCCCGCAAAUCCUCUCGGGGCGAUCUAACGUCACCGGUUACGCAUUAACUGCCGCACGUUCCCCCGCACAGCUGAUUCAUCAGCAAACCAUGCGACCGAACUCUAUAUUGCCGACAGGUUAAGAUUGGCUGAUCGGCACUUAGGCAUUUUUCCGUAUCUGGGGAACUACCGUCGCAGCAAAUCGCAUCUAAUGUAAUUGCCGAGCAGAUCUUAGACCUUGUCGCCAGGGCGAAGGCGACUGAGAUGACGAUGAGUACAUGCGAUGAUGGGUGGUGGAUUGCACGCCUUGGAUGUCUUGUAUG